AUGAUGAAUUUCGGUGGCACUGUACGUUUAAAUAAAUACGGAAUAUUCGUGAUACUAUGUAUAUUCAUCGUAUAUUCUCUACAUCUACUCUCAAAAAAGGCCAGCGACGACCGUUCAGAAGCAAAUAAAUUUAAUCUUCGCACUCUACUAAGUGUAGCGAUCAAAGCGGCUGAAAAUGGGGGCAAGAGGGUAGUAGAGAAUAAAGACCACAUGAAUGUUAAAAGUAAAGGAAAAACGAAGGAAGGUUUGCAAGAUAGUGUAACCAAUGCUGAUGUAUUAUCCCAUUGUUCGAUGACUAGCACUAUCAAACACUUUUUUCCAUCCAUUAAGUUGAUCUCGGAAGAAGCUGUUAAGCAUUGUGAGGAAGAGACUCCUGAAUAUGAUACUGUAGAUUUUGUUUCUGACGAUAAUGAACAAUUUGUUAAUAAAGAUGAUGUAACUGUUUGGAUAGAUCCGUUGGAUGCUACUCAUGAGUAUACUGAAAAACUGUAUCAAUAUGUUACUACAAUGGUAUGCGUAGCAGUUAAAGGUAAACCGAUUAUUGGGGUUAUUCAUAAACCUUUUGAAAAAAUUACUUCAUGGGCUUGGGUUGGUGUAAGCAAAUCGGAAGACUUAGAUAAGUUUGAGGAAAAAGCAUCUAAUGAUAAUCUCAAAGUAAUUGUAUCUCGUUCCCAUAAAGGUGAUAUUGAAAAAAUUCUUCAAAAGAAAUUUGACAAAAAGGUUGCUAUUAUAUCCGCAGCUGGAGCUGGGUAUAAAGCUCUGGAAGUGGCAAAGCAUCAAGUUGAUGCUUAUUUGCACAUAACUGCUAUAAAAAAAUGGGAUGUAUGUGCUGGAAAUGCUGUUUUAAAUGCCCUAGGUGGUAAAAUGUUAAACAAAUAUGGUAAUGAAUUAGAUUAUAGCAAUGAUGUUGAUGUUGUUAAUGAAAAUGGUCUGAUAGCUUCUCUAACAAAAUAUAAAGACUUUGUAGGCAAUCUAGAUUUAUAG